CGAACCCAGCAAGCCUUUUGCAAAGCCUGCUGCUUCCUGCUCACAGUCAGGGCAGGCAGAAAAGUUUUCCCAUGGGCCCUAGGGCUAGAGCGGCCAUAUUGUGGGGUGCUAGGGGGUCUGUAGGCUGCAGUGUGGGUACCAGAUCCCCAGGUUUGAGCCCGUGUUAGAAAAGCCCUUUGGUUAAAAUACCACAUAGACGCCCAAGCUCAGGGUUCCCAAUAUGGCUCGGCUGAGUGGAGUCCCACUAACCCUGAGCUUACACUGCAGUGUAGACGUACCCUUAGGAGCAGGGGAAGUUUGGCAGCACAAUCCCUGGGAUUGGCAAGCAUUCAAAACACUCUAAAUCCCACCCACCUGGGCAGAGCGCCUGGACGUUUGGCGUGGCACAUCGGUGUCUGGGGCAUUGCCAGGGUCACUCGGGCAAGGGGAUCCCUUCCAAACCACUCUGCUUUACAGGAACGACUAGCAGACUGGCUUGGAAAUGGCUGGGCCAUGGUUGGGGUGAAGAGAAACUAGGGUAAGGGGGGAAAAGCUAGGGUGAUGCCACUGCCAUGAGGCCAUUUAAAUACUGUAUGUUAUGUGAUAGAGUGACACUGGCACCCUCUAGUCGCCGCAGUCUUCGGAGAGGACGAGCCCUGAAAUCACUGCAGCGGAGCCAACGAUGAAGAAAAGGAUGGGUCCAGGCCUCCUGCUGCUGAUUUUCCUCUUGCUGGCCUACAUGGCCAUGGCCAGGAGAGAGACGCCGUACGAGAAGUUCCAACGGCAGCAUGUCGACACCUCCAGGAGCUGGGAGCCCGACCCCAACCGCUACUGCAACCUCAUGAUGCUGCGGAGGAACAUGACGGUGUCCAGCUGCAAAGAGCUCAACAGCUUCGUCCACGGGGUGCUGGCGGGGGUAGUUGCCAUCUGCAGCUCAGAGGGGACAUGGCAUCAUGGGAACUUUUACUACAGCAACUCGCCCUUCUCAGUCACAGACUGCCAGACCACAGGGGCGUCCCUCUGGCCCCGCUGCAUUUACAGGGGAGUCGUCAGCCAUAAGAGAAUUUGUGUCGCCUGCACAAAUGAGCAGCCUGUGCACUAUGCCCUGCCAUCGGUAUGCAGUGGCCCGUGAGCCGUGGGGCGGACAUGGAGUCCUGCAGCUCCUCUGGGCUUUGGCAAUGCUGGCAGCCCUGCGUGCCCAUAGCUGCUGGACGCCAUCCCCUUCCUCCUCCCCAACAGGGUGUUUGGACACCGCACUGGGGACAGCAACAAAGGCUGUUAUUCCUUUUUCUAUGGCAAAUUAUAGCUGCCCCUUCCCCUCCCCCACCCUCUGCUCCCCCACCGUCUGCUCCCAUUGUAUAAUGUGGGCACCUUUUCCCCAUCCUUUAUCCAUGGAGAGGGAGGCGGGGGGGGGGGGGGUCAAAGUGCAGUGGAGAUGUUACUAGCCUGAGCCCUGGAUGCUGUUUUCUCUUGCUUCUUCCUGCAAUAAAAUACUUUUUGCAAGUGCA